AUGGCGUCGACUUCAACAACUAAUCAGGACACCUUGGUCACUCUCAAGAUCAACAUCGAGGGCAGCAACCGCCGAUUCAAGCUCCCUCUUCGUGAUCUCGGAGCCAGCACCCUCCCGGAUAAGCUCCGCUUCCUUCUUGCCAUCCCACCCACCUCCGAAGCUAUCUUCGAGCGUUACUCCGACAGUGCCGCAGCCUUCGUUGUCCUCGACCCAAACAACACCUCGGUCUACAAGCAACUCUACCGUGCCGCGAAGGCGAAGCUAAAGCUUCGUCUCAAGGUCACUAUCAAGGACAAGGAGCCCGUCAUGCCAAAGCCUGCUACCGUCGAGGACGAGGAGCCCAACCCAGUCAGCCCCGUUGACGACAAGCCAGUCUUGCCUGAUAUUCCUUCUUUCCAAAGCUUCAAGAUGCCCGGCUCAACCGAAUCUCAAGACGUUCUGGACGCUCCAGAACCAUCAUCUACCGCCAGUUACUCUGAGAAGACAAUCUAUCCCGGCUCUGUUGCCGAGAUCCAGCGUGGGUUCGAGGAACUCCUCAUCAACCAACCUCGAUCCAGCAUCACUAGCACAACCAGCGUCCCACCGAUGGCUCCUUGCUGCAGUCAGUUCAAGCGAGAGGUCCCCAGCAUGUUCCAUCACAAGGAGGUUCCGAGAAUGAACAACUGUUCGAGCACUGAGAUCCCUGUUACUCGUGGCACUGCUGCUCGGGACAAGUGGUUUGCAGAGUUGGCUGGAUUGUCCAAUGAACGCCAACAAGCCCACACAAGCACAAUCGGACCAUCUGUUCCAGUUCAGACCGCCAGCAUAUUCUCCGUUUACUGCAACAACUGCAGUGAAUCUAUCCCAGAUGAGCACUAUCAUUGCAGUACCUGCGAUGAUGGCGACUAUGACCUCUGCCAAACCUGUGUCAAUGGGGGCGUCCUUUGCGGUGGCGAGGAUCACUGGAUGAUUAAGCGUUUUGUUAAAAAUGGAAAGGUCAUCAACAGCACCACCGAGACAAUUGCACCAAAGCCAGUGGCAUCUGAGCCAAAGGCCGCACCAAUCAUCCCAGAAGACUUGCAAGUUCCAGUUGCUACUCGCACCUGCAAUUCUUGCAUCCAAGAACUCUCCGAGGAGAACUUUGUCACCUGCGCCACCUGCCCUGACUAUGAUCUCUGCAUUCCUUGCCACAUUGGCAUGCAGCAUGGCCACCACCCAAAGCAUGCAUUCGAACCUGCUGUUGAGGAGACCCAGCUUGAUUUCAUUGCCAAGACCCUGCUCGCUCCAGGUCGUAACAUUGGCCACAAUGCAAUCUGUGAUGGAUGUGAUAAGUACAUCUAUGGCGUGCGUCACAAGUGCCUUGACUGCCCUGAUUGGGACUUCUGUGCAUCUUGCAUUCCCAAUGCCAACUUCAUCCAUGCUCGCCACCGAUUCGUACCAAUUUACGAACCCCUCAAUGAUCUUGCAUCACUGUCCAGAUCUUUCACCAACAAGGCCCGCCAUCACGGCAUCUACUGUGACGGCCCUCUUUGCAACCAAAACAAUGGUGUUCAAUCCUACAUCAAGGGAGACCGAUACAAGUGUGCUGUUUGUCACGAUACUGACUUCUGUGCUUCGUGUGAGGCCAGCCCUUCAAACCCACACAACCGCACUCACCCUCUCAUCAAAUUCAAGACACCGGUCCGCAACGUCAGUGUCACAACUUUGGGAGAUCACGAGGAUGGUCAACGUAUGCCGGUUAUGGGUGACCGUAUCGCUCGUGGCCGCACUACAUCCAAGUCCACUGAGACUACACCAUCUCAGUCAGCAAAUGCUGCCACUCAAGUGCAGACCGUUGCUGAUCUCCAGCCAACCGAGCCACUAAAGGCCGAGGAGACUAAGGAGGAGAAGGUUCCCGAAGUCAAGGUUGAGGAGGCCAAGGAGCUUCCCGCUGCAGCUGUCCCUGAGGAGUUAGUUGCUUACUUCGUUCGUGAUGUUGUUGCUGAUGGCACUGUCCUUCCACCCAACAACGUCUUCGAGCAGACCUGGUAUCUUCGCAAUGGUGGUAACACUUCUUGGCCCGCUGGAUGCACAGUCAAGUUCGUUGGUGGUGACAACAUGUGUGCUGUUGACCCCCAGCACCCCGCCAGUGUUCACGAGCUUGUUUCCGCUGCUGAGAGCACUACUUGCUACACUGAAGUUGCUCCGGGCCAGGAGGCCGGCUUCACAGUCUUAAUGAGAACUCCAAACCGUGCUGGCAACUUCAUCUCUUACUGGCGCCUCACUGGCCCGGACGGCAACAAGUUUGGCCACAGACUGUGGUGUGAUGUCAAUGUCAAGGAGCCAGCUCUAGUUGUCAAGGAAGAGCCAACAGAAGCUAAGGUUGAGUCCGAAGGCAGCCAGAUGGUCUUCCCCAAGCUUGAGAAGGAAUCGCCAACGACCAGCAUUCACGAGGAACUUCCAGCCAUCCCUGACACCUCUGAAAUUGAGGAGGACGCCGAGGAAUUCGAGGACUUCGUCGAGGAGACGCUCGAGGAUGAUGAGACUGAGGACGGCUUCAUGACCGAUGAGGAAUAUGACAUUCUUGAUGCUAGCGAUGAGGAGUACCUCGCUGAGCAGGAGAAGGCUACCAAGAAGUGA